UACACCAGAGCCCUGCUGUUCUGUAACACAGAGGCUCCACUCAGCUUUUGGGAGGAGCUUAAGGAAACGUUUAUGCAACGUUUGGCUCUCUCUAUAUAUAUAUAUAUAAAGGGGGAGGGCAGGGAGACUUUGCGACUCGAGCUCUGUGGAUCUGAUGUGACUGUGUGGCCUAUUCUCUCUGACAGAGAGUGUGGGGACGUGGGUGCACUGCAGCCAUGAAGCGAGAGAGAGAGGACAGACUGAAACUGACGGACUCAUCAUUAGGUUCCCAUCCUCCGAAUGUGCCUGAGAGGAGUGUCCCGCAGGACGAAGGGGUGGAGGGGCGGGUCAGCAGAACGAAGAGGAUCUUUGGGUUCGAGCUGUCGGAUUUCCGAAACUGGCGUCGAUUUGUUAGCCUUCUGAACCGGCCCACGGACCCGGCCUGUCUCGGCGUCUUCAGGUUUCUCUUCGGUUUUCUGAUGGCCCUGGAUAUCCCCCAGGAGCGAGGCCUGAGCUCGUUGGAUUUCAGGUACUUUGACGGACUGGUGGUCUGUCGCUUCCCAUUGUUCAACUCCCUGGACCCGCUCCCUUUGGAUUGGAUGUAUGUCGUCUUUGUGGUUAUGUGGCUGGGGGCCCUGGGCAUUAUGCUGGGCUGUUUCUACCGGCUGUCGUGCCUUAUGUUCCUCAUCCCCUACUGGUACAAUUUCUUCCUCGAUAAGACGGCCUGGAACAACCACUCCUACCUGUACGGCCUCAUUGGCUUCCAGCUCACCCUGAUGGACGCCAACCGAUACUGGUAA